CGGGGCGAGCCGCUGCUGGCUAAUUGGAGCCGACCGGGAGGCGAAGGUGUAGCUGUUAUAAAAGUCCCCCGGGGUGCGCACGGUGGCUCUGAGCACAGGGCCAGGGUGGAGCUGCUGGGGCGCUGUGCAGUGUAGGAUGCCGGGCGCGGGCCGUUGCCCCGACUGCGGCUCCGCGGAGCUGGUGGAGGACUCGCACUAUUCGCAGAGCCAGCUGGUGUGCUCCGACUGCGGCUGCGUGGUCACCGAGGGCGUCCUCACCACUACCUUCAGCGAGGAGAGCAACCUCCGAGAAAUAACGUAUUCUCGAAGCACUGGGGAAAAUGAACAAGUUAGUCGCAGCCAGCAACGAGGUCUCCGCCGAGUGAGAGAUCUCUGUCGAGUCCUGCAGUUGCCAGCAACAUUCGAGGAGACUGCGAUCACCUACUACCAGCAGGCUUACCGGCACCCCGGCAUCCGAACAGCAAGGCUGCAGAAGAAGGAGGUGUUGGUGGGAUGCUGUGUUUUAAUCACCUGCCGGCAGCAUAACUGGCCCCUAACCAUGGGAACCAUCUGCACCCUGUUGUAUGCGGACCUGGAUGUGUUCUCUGGCACCUACAUGCAGAUAGUGAAGCUCCUGGGGCUGGAUGUGCCAUCUCUGUGCUUGGCUGACUUGGUGAAGACUUACUGUGGCAGCUUCAGACUGUUUCAGGCCUCUCCAUCCGUGCCAGCCAAAUACGUGGAAGACAAAGACAAGAUGCUGUCUCGAACCUUGCAGCUGGUAGAACUGGCCAGUGAGACGUGGCUGGUCACCGGGCGGCACCCCUUGCCUGUCAUCACUGCAGCUGCUUUCCUGGCAUGGCAGUCUCUGCAGCCUGCAGGUCGGCUGACUUGCUCCCUGGCCCGGUUUUGUAAAAUGGCCAAUGUGACUCUGCCCUACCCUGCAGCCUCCCGGCUUCAGGAGCUGGUGGCGGUGUUGCUUCGGAUGGCUGAGCAGCUGGCCUGGCUGCAGGUCCUGAAACUUGACAAACGGUCCGUGGUGAAGCACAUCGGUGACCUUCUCCAGCACCGCCACAUGCUGGUGCGCAUGGCCUUUCAGGAUGGAUCAGCAGGAAUGGAGACCCAGGAAAAGGAGCAGCAGAGGCAGCGACAAAGACAGAGAAAAGAGGAGGUGGGAGGCAGCACCUCGGGUUCACUCCCGGGGAAGCGGCCAGCCAGCCCUGCACUGCUGCUCCCACCCUGUAUGUUGAAACCCCCAAAGCGGAGCUGCCCCACACCCCCCAUCUCCACAGUCACUGGAGAUGAGAACAUCUCUGAUAGUGAAAUAGAGCAGUAUCUGCGCACCCCGCAGGAAGUUAGGGACUUUCAGAGAGCCCAAGCUGCUAGUCAGGCUGCUGUGAGUGUUCCCAACCCUCCCUGAAGCCUCCUCCGUGAUAGCGGUCCCAGGAAAUAAGUCACGUAAGCACCUGGAAAUCGUCUUUCUCCUUUGAAGGAGCCAAGAGGGCUGCAGCAGGCAGUCAGACUUGUGGCCCUGGAGAGAUCUGAGUCGGGAGGAUGAGUAGGUGGCCGCGGGUGGGGCAGGGGCUAUGUGGUGGCUGCAGGACAGCAGGCUGCAUGCAUUUGCCCUCUAGGCUGACGACUCCUUAAAACUUGGGGGAAUGGCUGGACUCCCUCUUCCCUGGGUCUGAAUUGAACACACUGCUAUUGAUUCUGCAGGCUUGCUGGGGUUUCCUACUGUUCGUGGAGCUACUGGCAUUUGCAGUGCUAUUACCCACAGAGGCCAGGUGCUGGGAAACUGGGCCUGUGGAUUCCGGGUACUGGUGGGCACCUGUGUGCCGUGUGUGCAUGGUGUCAUGAGACCCUCUACCUCAUUAAUAAAAGGACCGUGGGUGGACUACGGCUAUAGCUCAA